AAAUCAGUUUCCAUGCACUGCAUUCCCGUGGCAGCCAUUCAAAUUCAAAUCCGCGGACAGGCCGAAGCCCAGCCCAACUCGCAACUACCCAAGCCUGUCCGUUCCUUCUCAUCAUUUCGACGGGUCACUGCUCCGCGGGUCUGCGGCGCCGCGCCAGGUAAGCCUGCCCACCACCCGAGAGGCCGAGACAGCCCAGCGUGGUGCACGCCAACGUGGACCUGUCCCGACCCGCACGCGCCCUGCCGCCCUCACGUGCACCCCCGCCCGUACGAUGGGACCCAAUCUCACGUGUCACGCUGCCGCUAACGAGAUGCGCGCGCGCCUCCGCCCCCGUCGCGCCACGAUCCAACGGCUGCCGCUUCACGCCGCGUCUCACGCCAUUCGACCGUCGCUCGCCACGCGGCGGACAAGCACCGUCUGAUAUGGAUCUGACGGCGGCAGUUGCGGUAGAGAUGAGGGCCAGAAGAAAGUUAAAGGGUGGGAUUAGUUAACGCGAGAGGGUUAACAACCCCGCCCGAGGUCCGACCCCUUCCUCCUUAUUUCAUUCGCCUCCGCUCGCCUCUCCAUCCAAACGCAAAGCAAAGAACCCAAUUCCAUUCCCCACUCGGGCUCCCGGGUCUCCACCGCCCUCCUCCCUCGCCUCGCUUCCUUCCGGCAUUUGCUCCAGCUCCGAGCUGAGCCGCGCAAUACGAGGCUGACGAAGGCGAUGGAGUCGGACGCGUCCACCUCCCCGCGGCGGCGCAGCACGAGCUGCUACAGCGACAGCGGCGACUCCUCCUGCUCCGAGCCCUUCAGCGAGUGCGGCAGCGACGACCUCUCCUUCACGCCCGCCGCCGCCGCGGGCAUCCACCGCCUGCUGCUCUCCUGCGCGGCCGAGGCGUCGGAGGACGCAAUCUCCUCGCUCGUGGCCGAGCUGGAGUGCCCGUCGCCGUCGCUGGACUCGCUCCGCCGCGCGGCCAUGGAGCUCCGGCUGCUGGCCAAGCACAACCCGGACAACCGUGUCCGCAUCGCCGCGGCGGGCGGCGUCCGGCCGCUCGUCAAGCUGCUGUCGCACGCGGACCCGCUGCUGCAGGAGCACGGCGUCACGGCGCUGCUCAACCUCUCCAUCUGCGACGAGAACAAGGCGAUCAUCGUCGAGGCGGGAGCGAUACGGCCGCUGGUGCACGCGCUCAAGUCCGCCGCGUCGCCCGCCGCGCGGGAGAACGCCGCUUGCGCGCUGCUCCGGCUGUCCCAGCUCGACGGCGCCUCCGCGGCCGCCAUCGGCCGCGCGGGCGCGGUCCCGCUGCUGGUCUCCCUCCUCGAGACCGGGGGCGCGCGCGGGAAGAAGGACGCCGCCACGGCGCUGUACGCGCUCUGCAGCGGCGCGCGCGAGAACCGGCAGCGCGCCGUGGAGGCCGGCGCCGUGCGGCCGCUGCUGGACCUCAUGGCCGACCCGGAGUCCGGCAUGGUGGACAAGGCCGCGUACGUCCUCCACUCCCUGGUGAGCUCCGCCGAGGGCCGUGCCGCCGCCGUCGAGGAAGGCGGCAUCCCCGUCCUGGUCGAGAUGGUGGAGGUCGGCACCUCGCGGCAGAAGGAGAUCGCCACCCUUUCCCUCCUGCAGAUCUGCGAGGACAACACCGUGUACCGGACCAUGGUCGCCCGCGAGGGCGCCAUCCCUCCCCUCGUCGCCCUCUCCCAAUCCUCAUCCGCUCGCCCCAAGCUCAAAACAAAGGCGGAGUCGUUGAUCGAGAUGCUGCGGCAGCCGCGGAGCCCGAGCCUCCGCGCGCGACCAGCGGCGGUCGUUGCGGCAGAGUAACGGAGCCCCUUCCAUUCCCCGCACUUGGUGGUGCGUGCAGCAUCCUUCUCUUCUUCGGCGAGACGAGCCGGCGCCGGUCGGCCGGCCAGCCGGCGUGCGCGUGUAAAUAGCAAGCAGCGUGUUUGCGUCCGCGAGCGAGUGUACAGGUUCCUCAAGCGAGAUGUCGUCCGGAGGAUCGAAGAACAGUCUAGUCUCCCUGUAAUUUCUUCCUCCCACCCAAACCUUCCUUUUGUUCCCUUUCCACUUCCAGAUUCCACCCCAGUUGGGUUGCUUCCUCGCCGCCGGCCGCGGCGUGGCAAAGGUGUGUGCAGCGAAAUUGCAAAAAAAGCUUUGGAUUCGCGUGUGCCCGCGUGGGUUGGGCUGUGCUGCUUCUGCUACUGCUAGUCGCAGCAGUGUGUACGUGUGUGUGUGCUACGUCAGGAAAUCAAGUUGGUUUUUCCGAUCCUGUGGUGGAUACGAGAAAGAAAAGCCUAUCUUCUGGUCUCGCAAUCGGGAUUGGAUGAUUCCGCUGUUCCAUUCGGUUUAA